AUGUGGUUCCCUUCAAUCAAUACUACAACUGCUACACCAAUACCUCAACAAAAGAUUCAACAACAUCAGCAACAACAACAUCAACAACAACAACAUAAUGAUUUAAGUCUUUCAAAUAAUAACAAUAACAAUAACAACGCAUCAUCAUCAACACCAUCAAUACCUAGAUCAAGCAGUAUAUCAUCGAAUCUUGUUAAUUCAUCUUCAUUUGAUUCAUUGUCAUCACUCGAUACUCCACCAUCAUCAAACUCAAGGUCAUCAUCAUCCAGUCAACAACAACAUCAACAACAACAGCAGAAUAAUAACAACAACAUCAGUAUGAGUGAUGGUGUAAAGAUAGGUGGAGGUGGUGGCAUUGUGACUGUGGAGGACAGUGCAAGAGAGAAGGCUAGCUUCUACGCCAAGCUCAAGAGUCCCAAAGCCAAUGACAUUAGAAAGAGUCUUUUAAACUUUGCACAUCAGUUCGCGACUAAUGGACCAGGUAAACUUGAAGAGCAGGGACACACUAUUGUCAACUACUCAAGAGAGUUGGAGAACUGGGUCAUGUCUAAUUCAUUAUGGGAGAAUGCCAAUGAGGCAGAGGUCGAGGGAAUCAGAGAUGGUAUCGAGAAGUACAUCAUGAUGAAAGUGUUUCAUUGUACAUUCAUGCCAGCUCGUCUUGGUGGAUUGGAACCAAGUGAUGGAAACAUUGUACCAGAGCAAGGAUUGGUGGCGACAGAGGAGGAUCUUAAGUUGUUCAAGUUGAUAAUGACAUUGGCUUUCAUCACGCCUGCUCAUUUGGACAUACAGAAAUUUGUACAGAACAAUGGUCAGCUGGUGGAGAAGUCUAUGAUUGAACUCAGGAAGCUCAACAUCUACAAGACACCCCGUGACAAGAUGAUCUGUAUCUACAACAGUUGCAAAGUGAUAUUCAAACUCCUGUCCAACCUAAACAACAACACACCCUCUGGCGCCGACGACUUCCUCCCCAUCCUCAUCUACGUAGUCCUCAAGUCCAACCCUCCAAUGCUUCAAUCAAACAUCCAAUAUAUAUCAACAUUCAGGAAUCCAGCGAGGAUGUCGACAGAGACUGGCUGCUACUUUACUCAUUUGGUGUCAGCGUUGACAUUUAUCGAGAACCUUGAUCCAGCGCAGUUGACAAUCGAUCCAGAGGAGUUCCAUCGACUAAAGGACAAGUGCGAAGCUGAGCUUCCUCUUAAACUUCAUCCUGAUAUACUAAAGAGAUUGAAUGCACUAAAGACUCCACAUGGUCAUGGUCAUGGACAGAAGAAUCAACAGCCACAGCAACAACAACAUCAACAACAUCAACAACAACCACAGCAACAUCAUUCAUUACAGCCACAGUCACAGCCACAGAUACAACCACAAUCAAACAUAAUGUUACAGCAUCCAAAGAGUGCGCCACGACCAACAAAGCACACAAGGCAUCUGUCCAUCAGCAACACCCCAGUCAGCCAGUCACCAUUCCUCGAAGAGGACUUUGACCUACAGAGCGAUGAUCAUAUCGAUGAGAGGAAGUACGAGUUCUUGCAAUGCCAAGCAGAUGAUUUGAAGAUUGGACAGGUAUCCAAGUUGUUGGAGGACUAUAAGCGAUUGGUGAUUGAGAACAAUCUGUUGCGAUCAAAGAUGUCUGGCUUCUCAUCAGAGGCGUCUUCAUUGUCGUCCUCGCCAGCGUUGAGCCGGAUGCCCUCAUGGACGUCAUCUUCACCUAGCGUAUCAUUUAUCAAUGCCAAUUCACAACUAAUCGAUCGUACCUUGUCAACAUCCAAUCAAAACAACAACAGCAGCAACAACAACAGCAACAGCAGUAACAAUAUCAACACAAGCAACACAACAGAUAGCACUGGCGAUAUCCAUCAUGGUAUGAGUAUGUCAAUGUCGAUGUCGGGAUCUGGUAACAACAUCCCCAUCACAUUGACACCACAACAGUCUCACAGCAAUCCAAGGACGCCCAUCAUGGAAUCCGUCAACAACAAUAGCGACAGCAUGACUAUUCCCCUGACGCCACAGCAGUCCUCUCACAGCAACCCAAGGACGCCCAUCAUCGAGUCCAUAAGUGGAAGCGAGUACUCUUCAUCGCCAAAGGCAUCUCAGUCAUUGCUGGACUUGUAA